GCAGCCAGGCACAUCAGCGGCAGCGGCAGAGCACCUUCCUGAUCCUGAUCUCCCGUGUCUUCAGCUGCCAAUCCUCUGUGCGCGUCUCUGAUUGAGAUUUCACUGCCGGCUUAAGUGUCCAGAAGCCUCCGCCAGCCAUCACCUCCCACCACACACUUUCUCUGGAGCUCGGUUAUUCUUAGCUCAGCUGCGAGAGACUGUCCUUCCGGUCCUUCUCUUAUUUAUCCCAGUUUCUUGAAUAUUUAAUGGAAAAUGGCGAUCUGCGCGCAGUCGUACGGUAUUUUCUGCCUCUUCACAAUUCAAACUGUACUUAUCAUAUGCGUCUCUACGCCGACAGACGGGACCCACCUCUUCCCCCAGCACUACACAAUGAUUCACUGGGCAGGACGCAUCGAGAAGGAGCUGGAAAAGGUUCUGCAACACGUCACCGGAACUCAGCAGAUGAGAUCGAUUUAUAAUGAGAAGAAGAGCCAGUUUGAAAUCAAGAGAAACAACCCCAAGGACUUGGUGGAGAGAGUGGCACGGGACAUCUCCAAACUGCUCAACAGUAAAAGGAAAGCCCUGGAGAAACUGGCCAAGGAGGCGGAGCUGCUUCAGAAGGAGCAUGUAUGGCAAGACGGUGUGACGACGGAGGAUGGAGAAGAGGAGAACCCGCUGGAGACCUCAUCCUCUUUGGAGCUGGAGUUUGUCGACGAUCCCAAUUUUAAAAACAAGGUCAACUACUCUUCCAGUGCCGUCCAGAUUCCUACAGACAUAUACAAAGGCUCCCCAGUCAUCCUAAAUGAGUUAAACUGGACCCAGGCUCUGGAGAGGGUCUUCAUUGAAAACCGUCGGGAGGACAGCUCUCUGCGCUGGCAGGUGUUUGGCAGUGCCACAGGAGUGACACGAUACUACCCAGCCACUCCAUGGAGGGCACCCAACAAGAUCGACCUGUAUGACGUCCGCAGAAGACCAUGGUAUAUCCAAGGUGCAUCGUCUCCAAAGGACAUGGUCAUCAUUGUGGAUGUGAGUGGAAGUGUCAGCGGACUCACUCUGAAGCUCAUGAAAACUUCCGUUGUGGAGAUGCUGGACACUCUAUCAGAUGAUGACUAUGUGAAUGUGGCCAGGUUCAAUGAGAAGGCCGACACUGUUGUUCCUUGCUUCAAGACUUUGGUCCAAGCCAACGUUCGUAACAAGAAGAUCUUCAAGGAAGCCGUCAUGCAUAUGCAAGCCAAAGGAACCACAGAUUACAAGUCUGGCUUCACAUUCGCCUUUGAACAGCUUCUCAAUGAGAGCAGUGCCCCGAGGGCCAACUGCAAUAAGAUGAUAAUGAUGUUUACAGAUGGCGGGGAGGAUCGUGCACAGGAAAUCUUUGAGAAGUACAACUGGCCCAACAAAACAGUUCGUGUGUUCACCUUCUCUGUAGGCCAACAUAAUUAUGAUGUCACCCCUUUGCAAUGGAUCGCUUGUGCCAAUAAAGGUUACUACUUUGAAAUUCCAUCCAUUGGAGCCAUCAGAAUCAACACCCAGGAGUACCUGGAUGUCCUGGGCCGUCCCAUGGUGCUGGCUGGGCCUAAAGCCAAGCAGGUGCUGUGGACAAACGUCUAUCAAGAUGCCCUGGGUUUGGGCCUUGUCAUCACUGGGACGAUGCCAGUCUUCAACCUCACUGCUGAUACUGUAAGCUCUCAGAACCAGCUCAUCCUGGGAGUUAUGGGAGUGGAUAUCGCAAUCAACGAAAUCAAAAAGAAGACUCCUACGUACAGACUUGGAGCCAAUGGUUACACCUUUGCCAUCGACCCAAAUGGUUACGUACUACUGCAUCCCAACCUGCGACCUAAGAUCAUUAACUUUAGGGAGCCCGUCACUCUGGACUUUCUGGAUGCAGAGCUGGAGGACAGCAACAAGGAGGAGAUCCGUCGACAGAUGAUUGAUGGCAAAUCAGGGCAAAGAAAAAUCAAGACGCUCAUUAAGUCAGUUGAUGAGAGGUACAUUGAUGAGUCCAUGCGGACGUACACAUGGACGCCUGUGGAGGGUACAGAUUACAGUCUAGGGUUGGUACUGCCCACAUAUAGUGAGAACCACAUCAAGGCCAACCUGAGUGACCAGAUCCUUCAGGUGCAGUAUUUUGAAUCACUGCUGCCAAACAGUUUUGAGUCUGAAGGACAUGUAUUCAUUGCUCCCAGGGAGUACUGCAAUGAUCUGGAACUGUCCAACAAUAACACUGAGUUCCUGCUCAACUUUAUUGCUCUCAUGGAGAAGGUGACACCGGAUUCUAAACAAUGUGACAAUUUGCUCCUUCAUAACCUGAUUCUGGACGCAGGCAUCAUAAGGCAGCUGGUUGAGAAAGUGUGGAAGAAUAAAGACCUGAAUACAUAUGGCUUUCUAGCCGUGUUUGCUGCGACAGAUGGAGGCAUAACAAGAGUGUUUCCAAACAAGGCUGCAGAAACCUGGGAGGAAGACCCUGAGCCAUUUAACGCCAGCUAUUACCGCCGCAGCCUCGACAACAAGGGCUACAUCUUCCGAGCACCUUAUCGCACAGCCAGGGACGAGCUUCUGAACCCAGAAAACGACACCAUAGGGAUCUUGGUCAGCACGGCUGUGGAGAUCACAAUAGGAGGAAAGACCAUCAAACCUACAGUGGUUGGAGUGAAACUAGACCUUGAAAUCUGGACAGAGAAGUUCAAGAUUCUUGCCAGUAAUCGCACAGACAACCGCCAGAGCUCCACUAUGUGUGGACCAAACAGGGGCUGUGAAAUGGAUUGUGAUGCCAACAGCGACGAUCUCCUGUGUUAUUUAAUAGAUGAUGGUGGAUUCCUGAUCAUGUCCAAUCAGAGGGAUGACUGGAACAAGGCAGGGAUGUUCUUCAGUGAUGUGGACCCCUACUUGAUGUCCGCUCUCUACAACAAUUCCUUCUACAACCGCAAGCAGUCGUUUGACUACCAGUCUGUGUGCGAACGGAUGCCUAACAGUGAAGCUGGGGCUGCACCAAGAGGAGUGUUUGUGCCUACAAUUGCAGAUUUUGUUAACCUGGCUUGGUGGACAUCAGCAGCAGCAUGGUCCUUGUUCCAACAGUUUAUAUAUGGACUGGCUUAUCACAGUUGGUUUGUCACAGAUGAGGUGGAUGCAGAGGGAUUCGAUUCCAAAGAGCGGAGUUGUGUAAUGAUCCAGACCCAGUACUACUUGAGUAAUCUCAGCAGCUCCUACAACAUACUGCAAGACUGUGGCAACUGCUCCAGGCUGAUUCAUGCCAAGAGGAUAAACAACACCAACUUACUGUUUGUGGUGGCAGAAAAGAUGCCAUGCAACACCUGCGAGAUAGAGAAGCUGUCCCAGGAGGAGGAGGAGUACAAGGAGGACAAUCCAUGUGAAGAAAUGACUGUGGCACGUUAUCGAAAAGGACCAUCCACCUGCUUUGACAAUAACAUCACUGAGAACACGUCGGACUGUGGGCGAGGUCAUUCUUUCCGUCCGUCUCUCUACACUUUACUGCUCAUUCAGCUGCUCCUGCUUUAUCCGGCAGUCAGCCCCCACGUUCACUCUCUACUACAUUAAUUCCAUUUCCCUCUGCUUAUCCUCCUUUUAGCGCCCCCCCCCCCCCCCCCCGAGCUUCUUUCCCGUCCUAAAAUCCAAUGCCCCUACCUCCCCACUUCCGUGGCCCUACGUCCCUCACCCCACCCCACCCCCACCCACCCCCACCCCCAGAUAUAGUCAUAGGUAAUAAUGGGACUUCCCAUCACAGCAAGUCGGAAGCCCUGAGUGCCGCACUUACCCAGCUUGCUUCAGUUCGUGUCGCUUAGUGACAACUGCCGGACGUUUGUGUCCUCAGCCAAUUAACCCUCAUCUGGAGGAAGAGUUAGGUGGUGCCGACCACCUGGGUCAUCAAAGACAAUGUCUGAAAAGAAAACAAAGCCCCCACCUACCCACUGAGUUGAGGUUGUCUGUCCACCUUCACCUCUGUCUGUCAGAUGGACAGUGGGACUUUUCCUCCUCCUUUUUCUCCACCUUCUCCUCCAUCUCAGUCUCAUCCGCCUCCCGCACGGGGCUGUGGACCGUUCAGCCACUAAUAGCCACCAUGACAAAAGAAAAAAUAACAGAAUAAUAACAACUGUCGAGUAAUACAACAUGUCAAGUAUAAACUGCUGAAGUGACGAGUAUUCCAAACAUAACAGUAUAUUUAGGUUUUAAUUUGAAAAAGGAAGUCGUUAAGUAUUAACUUAAAAAGUCAUGAAUUCAUUUAUGCACUAUAUCUACUUGCCAAAAUGAGAUAGACUUUCAUGUGGUCUUACUUUUAUAGCCAAAACACAAGAGGAAAUGGCUUCUGAUUUAGAUUUAGGAUAAACCAUGAGCGGAGGAGUGGAGACGGUCAGAAACUGAAUGCUGAUUCACAUUGUUCAGCUCCUAAUGGCAGAUGAAUGAUUUUUAAAUGAUGUCCACUGAGGAUUAUUGUAAUGACAUGAGGAUUAUCGCAUUACUUGAAGUAUUUGUUUUCGUUUUAUUCACUAUUUAAGACUUGUGCUGUCUGGCUUACAUACUAGUGGCAGCUGUAAAAUAUGAAUCAGCGUUCGGUUACUGCAGGUUUGGUCAGGAGCACUGUUAAAUGUUGUGUAGUAUUCUCCUUUAUGAUCAAAACCAUUCUGACCUUCGGUUUAGACUGAUGGUUAAAAAAGAAAAAAAAAGAAAAGAUAGAAAAAAAUCCCUACUCUCUCUCAUAGGAAAGCUCACCUCUGCCAAUCCUCAUGAGGCUUCUCCAAUAACCUACUAACGCUCCUAAUCACAAUUUGUAAAUGUGCUUUGCUUCUGUUCACACAACAAACGCACCCAGAUCUCUGCCUCAUGACUCUCUCUUUCUCUCAUAGUAGUUCCAGGUGGGUUUUUUUUUCUUUUUUCUUUUUUUAGUAUAAUCCUUUUUCCUUUUUUCCUUUUUUUUUUUUAGGGGGGCUUAUAUUACCUUCGACUGAUGCUGUUCAAACUUCAAAACCAUUCGCUGCUGGGGGAUAGGGGCUUAUCAACAUUUCCAACAAAAGUGCAGAAGAGGCCACUAAAUAUGGUGAUCACCUACAGUAGUACUCUGGUUGUAAUCCAUCACAGUUCGUCUUUUGAUCAUUAUGAUGUGUGAAGAAAAAAAAAAACAAGUCAUUUAGACUCCCAUGUUUAGGAGCCACUCUGUUUCAUAGUGCCUUGACGCACUUUGUUUUGGAAUGCAUCGGCUGUAUAAGAGUAGAGCCACUGUAUAGUACCUUUAUAAAGCAGCCAUCUUUGAGGCUUUGGAGCUUGUGAGACUGAAUCUGUUGGCUAUAGAAAUAGCUUUACACAGAGCCACCACACUGACCGGCUCUAGCUUACUGUACUGGCCCUCUCGGCUGUGGUUGCUGUGACCCUUCAGAGCCACCUGACUGCCAUCAUAUGGAGUUACUAUACCGUUCCUUUACCAAGCCAUGUAUAGAGCUAUGAUACACUAUCAGUAUACAGCGACUUAACUGGCCAUAGAGCGUUUUUAGGGCCACCUGACUGCUAUAGUUCUGCCUGAAUCGUAUGUGUUUGUGUAUGGCUGUAUGUGCGUGUGUGUGUUAGUUUGCGUUAAAACCCCUCAAAGGGAAUGUCUUUUAAAGUGUAUGAGGGAAGGCAGUUGUGGUCGCGCAGCUGUUUUUAUUUUUAUUUUUUCCCUGUUCCUAUGUUGCAAAGGACAAAAUCCAGUGUUGCUGUAGAGGAGGGGGAAAAAGGGAUUUUACUGAUACAAAAAAAAAAGAAUCCAUCUUUAACCAUCAGUCUGCUUCAAUAUCAAGAGGUGUCCAAAAGAAUGUGUAGUUCAUCGUUGUUUUUUUCCGUUUCAAAUGCAACAUAGUUAACAAAGCCUCUCUAAAUGCCUUAGUGUUACAUGGUACGGAGCUCUGAUAUGUCCCCCUUCCCUUUCAUGUACACUUCUUUCUCACGCACACACACACACACAAAUCGACCCUCCUAAAUAUCCACUCCACUGGGUUUUCUUGGUGUUCUGCAGUAAGUAUAGUGAGCUCUAGUUUUGUAAUUUUGCGUCUUGGAAUGAUUCGAUAGUGAUUGAUGCCUGUUCGAUUCAAAUGCUUGAAAGCGGGUGGGAGUUUUUAAGAUUUCAAAAGCCUCCGACCUUCGAUGUUCACACCCCACCCAAACCUCACUGUAUUGCUCAGGUGGGAAGAUUCACACAACGAUCCGAACCUUGACUUACACACUCUGUACAGUUGUUGGUGACAAACAUGCUGGCACAGUAACUGCAGCGCGGCUCUGAACAAAUCGGACUCCGAAAAUAAAAGACUGUUAAAAAAGAUAAUUAAUAGUUGCAAUUUAAGAUUAGUAUUUCCAGUUGGGCUCUUUUCAUCGUUGGGUACGGGAUCAUUUGAUGCCGGGUGCGGUGUUACUUUUCUGGCAUUUGUUUGUCUCUGUCCUGUGCCAUUAAAUCUGUCUGUAUUUCCCUAUUUCCACUGUCUGUAAAUGAACGCUACACGUGCCUGUGGAAAUGUACCCCCUGCAACUUCCUCUCUUUUUCCUGGCUCUGUACACUUACAGUCUCACACAUAUACGUAAAUGUGUAGGCCUAUACGGUUUGUGCACCUGCACCGAGACAAUAUGCACAACGUAUACACGCACACACUCAUGUAAGCAAACAUGUAAUGACACUUAUUCAUGCCCAGCUGGGAGAUGUCAAGCACCAAGGCAGAGGUAAACCAAGGACGUCUCUUCCCAGGUGUUUUCUUUUUUUUUUUUCCUUGUGAGCGGGCGGGAUGUCAGAGGCAAGCUCAGGGAGUGGGUCUCCACAGAGCAGCAUGGGCCACAAGGUCAUGGAGGAAUCAUGUAGUGACGUUUGUGUGUGCAUCGCGAAGGACAGUGUCUCCUGAAGGGGGACACACGUAUGAUUUCUGUGGUUUGACAAAUUUACUUUUGCCAAAAAAAAUAAAGAAAAUAAAGAAAACAUAGAAAAUUGGACCAGCUUGGGGAUGAGAGGGAGGGGCUUUAGGACACAACCCCUUAAAUAAGUUAGGGAGGGUUUUCACGAAGCCCCCUCCCGACCCUCGCUGCAUCUGUGUUGGUGCGUCUCUGUGGGAAAGACACGCGUGUAUGUGAUUCUGUAGUCUGUAGUCUGGUGCUAUGUGACCAUGUUUGACAAGUGUGUGAAAAAAAUAACAUUUAGAGAAAAAAAAAAAAAGAGUAAAAUCAGUCGAAUUUUAAGUCAAGUUAAAAUAUAUAUAUAUAGGAAUACAGCACUGUUGAUAAGUUUGAGAUCUGAAGUCAAAAUGUUUUUAUUUUUUGUUUGAUUUAUUUCUUGUACGUAUGUGAGUGUGAAUGUUUGUGUGUGUGUGGAUGGUUUCGCUCCUUCUUUUUUGGGCACUGGUCCAUGUCGCUCCAUUCUUUUGUACAGAUGAAGCUUAAAAAAAAAAAAGAAGAGGGCAAAAUUUGUAAAAUA